CACCAUCAUUCCAACAACUUAUUUUCAGAACUUGGUCAUGGCGUUCAGCGGUGCCCAGAUUCUCGCUGCCUUCACCCUGGGCUUUCUUCUCAUGGCCUUCUGUGUGGAGGCUAAGAUAUGCACGGCCCCUAGCAAGUGGGGCCAAAUGAGCACUUGCAAGACCACGGCUUGCAUCGGGGCCUGUCAGUACGAGCACUUUAAGGGUGGGUACUGCUCCAGCAACGACGGCAACUACUUUCACAUACCUAAGAGAAAGACGUGCAUGUGUACAUAUGACUGCUGGAAAAACCCCACCACCACUGUCAGAACCUACGUGCCUAAGCCACCGGGUGAACCCGAGGUGCCCGAUCCUAAGAAGAAGUCGCCGCCAUAUGAACGUGAUGUGCCGGAGCCGCCCUCGGGAGAAAACAAGAAGAAAAGCUUCCGCCAGCUGCCAACCAGUGAGCAAAUGGUCUAGUCCGCCCGUCCGUGGAAAAUGAUUUCAAUAAGAGAGGAAUUAAUCAAUACUCCUACUUGACUUGUACAUAUGCAUAAUUGAUUACGUGAGAAUAAUAAAAAUCUUGGUACU